UAGAGGGUGUGGGUUUAAGGUGAGGGGUAGGGAGAGGUUCAGAGGGGACCUGCAGAUUUAGUUUUCCCCCAGAGGGUGGGUGGUAUCUGGGCCGCACUGGCUGAGGGGCUGGUGGAGGGAGAGACUCCCACAAUGUUUACUGAGUACCUGGACAAACAGGUCACGGUACAGGAUGUCACACGGACCGUGCUGGUAAACGGGAUGAGUAUCGACGGGAGACACAAGACAUGCUGGAAUCUGGAGCGAAAAUCAAACGGCUGGAGGAUCGGGCCGCGCCUGCGGAGGGAAAUAGCAAUUUGUUUUUUUUUAGUACGGACGGGAACUUGCUCGGCACGGACAUCUAUGACUCUGAAUUUUUAAGCUGCAACUUAAUGACUGUAACCAUGAGUUUCAGAGACGUUACUAACCCGCUGGUUAGUAAAAUCAGCCUCCGGUUCGUGGUGGAAUCCGCAUCUCUACAUUCGGAUAGCGUGGGUGAAAACCUCCCAGCAGUGGUUACAGUGCUGUCUAAACACUGUGGUGCUGUGGGCGGAGAGUGCAGGAGUUGUGCUUCAGAUGAGACAACAGUAACUUUCCAUUCAUCCGGCACGCUGGAGACAUCAGUGGUGCAGAGCUGCCAGAUUGUUCAGACUUUAUCGGAUGUUAUUCCAAAUAAUACCCCAGGACAUAUUAAGUCACUUCUCUUUACAAGUAACUCGGUACAGAAUCAUAACACAUUUUCCAGUAAACCCGGCUGCUUUGUUGAUGGAGGUUGUUGGACGGAAGGGAGCAGGUGUGAUGUGGGUCUCUCGGAGCAGCUGGGGAGGGGCAUGCAUUGCCCCCAGAGCCCUUGACGGCUGCAAUGGGCUUCAGAUUUUUUUUAGUCCAACGUGAUCCGGGCUUCAUGAGUGUCAGACAAAGUAUAAGAUUCGCGUAGAAGAGCAGGACUGUGAGAUCGUAACUGUCGGAAGAUCCGAGAAACCAGGGCUCUUCAACAAAGGAAGACUGCGUUAGGGGAAGGAGAGUCAACGGGGCUGGACUCCGCGCCUGCCUGAAGCCCCAGGCGACGAAGGCAUCCCGCCGGCGCCGUUCACCGACCCCUUCCUGUUUGCCCGCAGCACGCCGUCCCGAUGGGGAAGAAGCCUUACAAGUGCGAGCUGUGCGGCUGGACCUUCGCCCGGCCCUCCGACCUGGGGGACCACCUGCGGAUGCACACCGGCGAGCGGCCUUUCAAGUGUGAGGUCUGCGCCAAGGGCUUCAGCCGCUCCUCCAGCCUGGUGAAGCACCGGCACGUACACACCGGCGAGCGCCUCUUCCGGUGCAAGGUGUGCGAGAGGGCCUUCGCCCAGGCCUCCGGCCUGCUCCGGCACUGGCGCCUGCACACCGGCGAGCAGCCCUUCCGCUGCAAGGCGUGCGGCCGGGCCUUCCCCGAGCAGUCGCAGCUGGCACAGCACCGGCGCAGCCACACUGCUGCCGGCGAGGGCUUCAAGUGCGGGGCAUGCGGCAGGGCGUUCGCCACACCGGCUGGGCUGGGGGGGCACAGGUGUGCCCCCAAGGGCGAGCGGUCCUUCCACUGCGAGAUGUGCGGCAAGGACUUCUGCAGCGCCGCCUACCUGGUGGUGCACCAGCGCAUCCACACCGGCGAGCGGCCCUUCGGCUGCGAGACCUGCGGCAUGGCCUUCGGCAGACGGUCCUACCUCCGGAUCCACCGGCGGACGCACGCCCGGGAGAAGCCCUUCCACUGCGAGACCUGCGGCAAGGUGUUCUGCAACCUCUCCUACCUCCGGACCCACCAGCGCAUCCACACCGGCGAGCGGCCCUUCCGCUGCGAGACCUGUGACAGGGACUUCUGCAGCUCGUCCUACCUGGCGAUCCACCGGCGCAUCCACACGGGAGAGAGGCCCUUCCGGUGCGAGGCCUGCGACAAGGCCUUCCUCAGCUCCUCCUACUUCCUCAAGCACCAGUGCGUCCCAACGAGGGACAAACCGCUAAAAUGCGAGUUCUGCAACAAGGGCUUCACCCAGCUGGCGGACCUUCUCAAACACCAGCACACCCACACCGGUGAGCGGCGGUUCCAGUGCGAAUUCUGCCACAACUGCUUCACCUACUCCUCCUCCCUGGAGAUACACAGGCGCACCCACGCAGGAGAGAAACCCCCGGCCCUUCCUUCAGGUACCCACAGCGAGAGCAAGAGUACCUAAAGGCAAAGAUUUGGAAUGCCUUGCCCAAAAAGAGCAAACUCGACAGGGCUUUCAAAAGGGAACUGGAUGUACUCUUUGAGGAAAGGAAGACUUGUGGGUUUCGGGGGGAAGGGGGGGAAGAGGAGGAGGACCAGAGAUAACUAGAUAACUCAGAGCCAACACAGGCAGGGUGGGUUGAACGGGGUGAAAUGAGUCUUACCAAACUGUCCGGCUGAUGCUCUGUUUAUAAUCUAUCAGCGUAUCCACACUCAAAGGAUCCACGCAGAAACUAUUGCGAACAGGAAUGUCAGUUACAGUAUUGGCUUCAUGUCUGUCACCUUAAUCGUAUCCGUUCCGGGGGUUAAACUGUGGCUAUUGUGGGCCAGAGUCUGGAAUAUGUAAGAUAAGAUAUCUUUAUUAGUCACAUGUACAUUCGAAACACACAGUGAAAUGGACCUUUUGCGUAGAGUUUCUGGGGGCAGCCGGCAAAUGUCACCACGCCUCCGGCGCCAACAUAGCAUGCCCACAACUUCCUAACCCGUACAUCUUUGGAAUGUGGGAGGAAACCAGAGCACCCGGAGGAAACCCACACAGACACAUGGGGAGAACGAAGGCGAGAAUCAUUCAUCACAGAGGUACAAUCCCCCCAUUUACUUCACGUCAAUGAAGAUCUUGUGACCCAGAACUCCACAGCCUAACCGCCGAAAGAUUUCACUUUCAAACUUUCCACUUUUAAAGUGAAUGUCCAAAAGCAAAAUAAGGCAGUUGCUGUAAAACUGAAAUUAAAGCAGAAACACUCAACUAGCCAGACAGCGUCCGUGGAGAGAGAGAGAAACAGAGUUAACGUAUCUGACGUUUCAUCAGAGUCGAUGACAUCUUCAAGUUUAAUUGGUCUGUUGAAAUUGUGUAGCUACUGUAGUUAUGGUGGACAUAUCUCAAUCUAUCCAAUGGGGAACUGACUUCUAAGCAGAGCUUUCUGUGUAGAGAAUUUGCAUUAUUUUGCUGUAAAGGCUGUUUUGGUGUGUGUCUUUUGGAGGAAUGCCUUUCUUUCUUUCAGUUGUGGCAAACACACCCAUGUUGCAAUUGUUAGACUGGUCCUUUGGAAGUUUACAGUGCUGAGAUGCUUCUGAUAGGACAGGAAUGAGUGGGAAUUGGGGGUAUGAGGGGAACACGACCCCUCCCCAUAAUCAUUGAAAACAAACGAAGUGGGGGUUUGAACACAACACACGUCCACCCCAUAACACCAAGGAAGAGGGCUCAUUCCUGCUCACAGGCCUUGUCAAGGGGUAUCCUUCAGAGAAGCAGCUAGUUCACUACUGACAAGGCAGGUGUAUACAAUGAGAACGUCCCUUGAGGAAUCUGAGUUUACCUCAGAGAAUAUAGAGGCACCAGAUCAGUUUGGAGACUUUGCCCAACUAAUAUUCAAUGUAAUGUAACAUUUUCUAGAGGUUUAGAGUAUGUAUCUGUGUCAUUCCACUAACAGGAGAGAAGUUCCCCGUGAUUGUUUUGGUUUUAGAAAUGCUUUAAAUAUUGAUGUUGGUAAAUGAUUGUGUUGCUUACCUGCUUAUUUCUGUAUGCAUUUAUACUGUGCAGUAAAUUUGA